AUGAGCAUCCUUUCAGAAGAAACGUUCAGUGAAAGUGUUCAAGAAGUACAAAAAUACUCGGAGGACAUCUACCCGUACGCGACCUUCCAGCUGGGUGAGGGGCGCGGCGGAGGGCAGGACGAGACGGUCACCAACAAGUUCCAGACUUUCGUCUUCCAAGACUCGCGAUACGGGGUCACUGAAGGUCAUCCUCCGACUUCGCCUAGUCGACCCACGCCCAAAAAGAGCCACGGGCGUUGCGGCAGUCGCGGGCGCCGUGCGGGCGGUCCCCGGAGUGAAAGUGAAGAGUAUGACUCCCUGCAGUCAGAUACGGACACCGAGCACGCCACGUCCUCGCGCACGGAGUCCUCCAUCCACCUGGACUCCGCCACCCUCGAGAGCCACCACACGGCGCUCCACCUGCCCCUUGACCCCCACCUGGCCACGCUCGAGCCGCGCCCAGACGCCCAGGCCGCCCACGCCGCACGCAGGCCGGCCGCCAGGACCGUCCACCACAACCUGAUCUACCACGCCCCCGAGUCCAGCACGUCAACGGAGCCCUCACCCAUCCUGGAGCGGAAGUCGUUCCCCCGCAAGAGCGACGGGAACAAGCUGGGUCGCGGCGGGGCCUUCCAGGGGCGCGGCCUCAGCAAGAUGGUGGCCAGCAUUAGAGGCGGCACCCAGGAGACCUCGCUUUCCUUCCCGAAGGCUGGCCACGCCUCCGACUCUAAGAGCUCGGACGACGGCAAGUACGGCUUCGCACGGCAGAUAACUCCGCCCGUGGGAUUCUCCAGCAGCCACAACGAGCUUUCGGAGGCGGAGUGCGACCUGGAGAUGAGGCGGAGGAACAAGGAGGCCGAGGCCGCUUCGUACGUGGGGACUCAAGGUCGCAGUUCAGGUCUUACGUGUCCGGCAAAGAGAAGGACUACAGCAUCAAGGUGUGAUAGAAUCAACGUCUCCAGUGUGUUUAUCUUAACAUUGUGUAAAUGUGUAAAUCUGUUUAGACAUGAGAUUAAACUCUAUGUUUCUCUGUAA